GAUGACAUCGAGAAUUCGCUGCCGGAUUACAACCGGUCCGCCGGUAUUGACUAGUGCGGCAUGCACGGCUCUGCUGCGAUCAGUCGAGUUCUGUGCGGCCGAGUGAAAAGAUCGAGACUCGAGAAACGAAAAUUAGUGUCUGUUUGUGUCUUUGAUGGUGAGACGAUAGCAGUUAGUGUAAUAUUUGAAUAGAUAAGACGAGCAAUGCCUGAAUAUAAGUACCUAUCCGGUUUCGGAUCCCACUUCGCAUCGGAAGAUUCCCGUUGCCCGAACGCUCUGCCAGAGGGACAGAAUUCACCGCAAAAAUGCGCUUACGGUUUGUACGCCGAGCAGCUUUCUGGCAGCGCGUUCACCGCACCCCGGACUGAAAAUGCCCGUAGUUGGCUCUACCGAAUUCGACCUUCGGUUGUUCAUCAGCCUUUCGAGCGAUACGACAAAAAUCCGUUUCUGACCGUUAAUUGGGACGAACAGCACCCAAAUCCCAAUCAAAUGCGAUGGAAUCCAUUCGAUAUUCCGGCGGCAAGCAAGACGGUAGAUUUUAUUGCCGGUUUGCGUACCGUUUGUGGUGCUGGAGACGUUCGUGGUCGACAUGGAUUGGCGGUACACGUGUUUUUGUGCAACAGCUCGAUGACAAAUUCAGCUUUCUAUAACAGCGAUGGAGAUUUUCUGAUUGUUCCACAGGAAGGUUCAUUAGACAUCACAACCGAAUUUGGCAAAAUGUAUGUGAAACCAAACGAGAUUUGCGUGAUUCCUCAGGGAAUACGUUUCAGUGUAGCCGUUGACGGCCCAACACGUGGAUAUAUUUUGGAAGUGUACGAUGGACAUUUUAGACUACCGGAUCUAGGACCAAUUGGAGCCAAUGGACUUGCCAAUCAACGUGACUUUUUAUCACCGACGGCUUGGUUUGAAGAUCGCGCCGUUCAAGGGUUCAAAAUGGUAUCAAAAUAUCAGGGAGCACUAUUUGUAGCAAGUCAAAAUCAUUCCCCGUUCGAUGUCGUUGCUUGGCACGGUAAUUAUGUUCCCUACAAGUACGAUCUGGCGAAGUUUAUGGUCAUCAAUUCGGUCAGUUUUGAUCAUUGCGACCCAAGUAUCUUCACGGUGUUGACCUGCCCGAGUACUCGAUACGGAACAGCGAUUGCUGAUUUUGUCAUCUUUCCACCGAGAUGGUCGGUACAGGAGCACACGUUUAGACCGCCUUACUAUCAUCGAAACUGCAUGAGUGAAUUCAUGGGUCUGAUUUUCGGACGCUAUGAAGCAAAAGAGGGCGGCUUCCUGCCAGGUGGUGCAUCGUUACACUCCAUGAUGACCCCGCACGGUCCCGAUCGUCAGUGCUUCGAAGGUGCAUCCAACGCCGAGUUAAAACCAGAACGUAUCGCUGACGGCACGCAAGCGUUCAUGUUUGAAUCUUCACUGAGUAUGGCCGUAACGAAGUGGGGCGAAGAAACGUGCUCAAAGCUUGAUGCAAAAUACUACGAGUGCUGGCAGGCAUUGGAGAAUAACUUCAAAAUCUAGAUAGGCGCUUCUCGAAUGGCAGGACAUUUUCGGCAUCAACCCAAAACAAUCAGCCGGUUCAUUGGAGCGAAACGUAGAAGUAGAUUCUCUUUCACUAUCUCUUUCGUUCGGCUGUUUUGUAGCAGUUAUUAUUCAAAGAAAACUCAUUGAUUAAAGUAUCUUGAUUCGCCGUUAAUACUUAAAGUUUACUAAAUUUUGUUUCAUUUUCUUGUUUUUUUAAAAGAGUUUCAUUCUACGUUAAGUUUAUUUUCGCGGUUCGCAUGCUUUCGUAUUUUUAGGUACGCAUUUAACAGAUCAAGAACGGUUUAUUUAUUAUAAUUCAUAGUAGCUUCUAAUCACUUUUGUCUUUUAUUUUUUUUUUUAAGAAAUAGUAUUCAAAAAAAAAGAAUAUCCAAGUUUAAGUUACUCUUA